ACAACCUGCACAGCACUGACUGCUCCAAUGACUGGGAGGGAGUGCUAAGAGAACAAUAACCGUUCAGUAUCUUGAACUGUGUUCACAACAUCCCAGCAAAGACAGCCCGGAAUUUAAACUUCACAACUUCAAACUUCUGGUCCCAAACAUGGAUACGACAACUGAAGUCUGGCAUACGCAAGGAGAUGUAGAAGAAGGGUUGGAGAACAGACCCGAGUGUUCGAUCUGUUUUAACUGCUAUGAUAACAUUUUCAAGACCCCCAAGGUUCUUCAGUGUUCACACACAGUCUGCUUGGAGUGUAUAGCAAGGCUUGUAGCCUCGCUCCCACCAGAGAGUGAGCAGGGCAAGGUGUUAUGUCCUUUUUGCCGGCAACCCACACCAAUCCCACAGCAGGGGGUUCCGGCACUACAGACAAGCCAAGAACUGCUAUCUAACUUGCCUCCCCAUCAACGUAAAGAAGAACCAGUUUGGAUUGAGGGUACCAAGCUUUGUUACAAACAAGACCCAGAAUCCAACCAAUCAGAUUUGUGUAUCUGUGUAGACAUUGGAUUAAGCAAAAAAGAUGUUCCACCACCACCAAGGCCACGAACCAGACUGCAGAGGUUCUGCUGUCUGUGCCACGAUUGGAAAAGACUCUUACUCAUCGCUUUUAUGGUGAUCGUUUUAUUCUGCAUCCUCCUUUGGCCAGUACAGUGUAUACUUAAGACGGGGAACCUAAAAUGCACAACAGGGUCAACACCUACUAAGCUACCUACUAAUUACCUCCUGGUAACGCAAGGAAUAUAAGCAAGAAUUCCGACGGACUUAAGUCAACAGCAGAGGGAUUCUGCUUAUUGUGGGAAUUGUAUGUGCAGGACACCCACGGACUUGCACAUCUGUUUCACUGCCCUCUACGUCCAUUACUUGGAGGUUAAAACUCGGUUUUCAUGUCGAUUUUGAGACAAAACCAGAAACUACCUGUUGUAGCAUGGAUGUCAACAGGUUCUAUUUGAUGGACAGAAAAUGUGGCAAGUUUGCAUGGAGAGGAUAUUGCCAUGGUGUUACAGAAUGGUACUCUACAUUGAUGUAAAUGGCCAUGUUGACAUUGGCCUACAGCAUACAGUUGGAAAAUACAGUAUUAUAUGACCACCAUGAACCCGAUGAAAUGUAAAACAUUAUGUGUACUUCAUGCAAGAAAAAGUUUUUUGUGUUAAAAAAGUGAAUGGCAGUUCUAGCAAAAUCAUACUUCCAUAAAGACUAGGCAUGUCAAACAGGUGCUUUAUGGGGUGCAUGGGGCCUUCUCUCUCUUUUCUGCGGUCCUGCUUGGUUAAAGGAUUAAAACAGGAAUUGGCCCCUUGCUGUUCUCCAGUUUAUAAUUUACACUCUUACAUCAUUAUGCAGCUAAAUACUUCAGGCGAUGUUUUAUGGCCCCUUUCUCUGAGGUUAAAUAUUGUAACUUACAAUUUUUACUAUACUGUCACUUUUGAAAGUGCCAUAAUCUUUUCCUGGAUUUAAGUGGAGAUGCGGCCCUCUAUAGACAUAAUGUGACCCCCUUAAAUAUUUAAUAUUCUCAA